AUGCUGACUGUUGUCGGUCUGUUACCAAUCAAGUUAUUAGAUAGUUAAAAGAUGACAGAAUUGCAGAAUUGUCAACUGGUUCAGGAUCUUACUCAGUCCUUAUUUUUUCAUCCAUUUUGACCAUUAUCGACAGCAGAAAUUGAUAUUGGCAUAAAGCAGAACAAACUAAACCAAGUUAUGAUGGCCGCAUCCUUAGAGGAGAGUGUAAAUAGCCUUCAGGACAGAAUAGCUGCUUUGGAGGAAGAAAAUAACCUUCUGAAAAAUGCAAAACAAAAACACCUGCCCUAUCAUGAAGAUAAAGAAGAUAGUGAAACACAUAAAACAAUUGAAUCCUUACAGCAGCAGGUUGCCAUUUUGAGAGACCUUUCACCAUUUCGUUUCAGUGGUUUAUCAGAAGUACUUUCUCAAGAUGGACUGACUGUGAAUAUCCGGAAGACCAUCGAAGGGCGAUACAGGGAUGUACAGUUUCAGUUGAAGUUUCUCAUGCAAGAGUCACUGAACACGGGAGAGAGCCAUGUGACAGAUCUUUCGAUCGCAGCAUCUGAUGUCUUCACCACUGACCUGAUGGAGCAUAUUGAAAGAAUGUCGGCCCAGGGUAACGUCCAGGGUUUUCUGCACCUUGUGAAAGGUUAUAGUCGCUGGACAGAGGCUAAAACACAGACUUUCAAGCACUUCACUGCAGAAUACCCGAAUAUAGUGAUGCAAGUGGACACCAACCUGUUGAAUAUCAAGGCAAACAACUGUACCCUGGUGUUAACCUGGAAUCUCGAGGUGGAGGGUGAGAGCUCGGUGGUCCCAGACAUACGACUGGAAGUGGUAGUACCAGAGUCUGUGCAAGAAAAACAAAAAGACUUCCUUGAAAGUGUAGAUGAGAAUUUCCAGCUGAUGCUGCAAAGGCUUGGAAUUGAGGCUUCUAUUAACAGCUUAAUUGAAACAGUGAAAUGAAGUAUGAGAACCAUUUCAAAUUAAGACUAUAUUUCAACUUCAAAUCAGCUACUUCAACCUGAAAUUUGUCAGAGCCAUCCUGCUGAAGUAAUCAAAAGUUUUAAAGUAAGAAAGCAAUCAGAAUCUAAUGGCUGAAUAGUCCUCAAUGUUUAAAGUUCGACACAAAGGCAGCAGCUUAAAGCUCAUAGUUGUAUAGUUCAAGUUUGUUUGUUUUAUUAUGCCCCACUUUCGAAACAAGCCAUGUAUAUUGAUUUGCACAUGUCUAUUGGUCAGUAGGUCUGUUGGUAGGAAGGUCAGUCGAUUGGCCAUUUUGUUUCUGUACGAUAUCUAUGAGAAGGCUCAUACCUGCAACAAUGCAUAUAAAAAUGAUGGUGACUUGGACGGAAAGAAGGAUAGGUAUUGAUUUUUAGGUCAAAAGGUCAAGGUGACGGGGUUGUCACAUUUAUUUGUUUUCGCACGAUAUCUUGGUAAUUGUUUGACCUUAGAUCAAGCAUAUUUGCAGUGGUUACUUCUGCUAAAUGAAGGAAGCCUAUUGAUUUUAAGGUCAUCAGGUCAAAGGUUAAUGUCAAUGAUUUCUUGGUAAUGCGUUGACCUUAGAUCAAGCAUAUUUAUAUAGUGGUUACUUCUGCUAAAGAAAGGAAGCCUAUUGAUAAUGAGGUCAUCAGGUCAGAGGUUAAUGUCAAUGUGUCUUUUAACAGGAAAUUUGUUUAGGCACUAAUUUUGAGAAUGCUCAUUUCUUUUCCUCCUGAUAUCAAAAGAAAAAAGAAUUCAAUAAUAUUUUCUGCUUUUUUACAUUUCUCUUCAAUAUUGUCUACCCUUUUCACAUGUAAACUAAACACUUACAGUUCGACUUCUGACCACACUGUUUACAGUCGAAACUCCACAGAACGGAGUGGAAUUACUAUAAGUGUCACAUCAACCUAAUUGUUUUCCAAUCCAAAGCACAUUUGAAAAUUUGUACCUGUAUAUUUAAAAUGAUGUUCAAACUAAACGAAAACACCUAUCGAUGUUGAUGUAAACAGGACGAAGGCCUAGGUCUCAGGAGCUUGUCAAAGUUAACUUGUUUCUGCACAAUAUCUCCGGAAUGCUUUGACCUAAGAUAAUUCAAAUUUGAAGUAAAAUUAGUGACAUUGUUCAGAAUAGUAUCUGCCUAUCUUGCAUGUUUUAGUUUUUGUAUUUUUUGUUCACAAUUAGUGAAAUAGUUCGGAAUAGUUUCUACCCAUCUUGCAUGUUUAAAUUGUUGUAUUUUUGUUCACAAUUAGUGAAAUUGUUCAGAAUAGUUUCUACCCAUCUUGCAUGUUUAAAUUGUUGUAUUUUUGCUCACAAUUAGUGACAUUGUUCAGAAUAGUUUCUGCCCAUCUUGCAUGUUUUAACUGUUGUAUUUUAUGUUCACCUCUUAAAAAGCUCCUAAACUGCAUAAAAUGGAAGUUAUUCCACAUUUGUAAUAAUGUGGGUAUUGACUUGUGUGCAUGAGCAUUUUUAUGAAUAUGAAUCUUGUGUGAAAUCUGACUUUAUUGUUUUCCUCAAAUUUUGUAAGGUGGUAUUCAUGUCAAUAAAAGUUAUGUACCUUU